CGGAAUACAAACUGAGCGAGCGACAUGGCUGAAUAAAUGUUGCUCAACUAUAUAUUUAUUAUAAUUAUUAAUCGUUUAUAUUAAUAAUUUAGUUUCAACUGCUGGUUAGUUUUCCGCUUAAAAGAUGAAAAAACGAGUUGAAAAAUCCUCCAAGGAGAAAGUGGACAAGGUGGAUUCUGUGACUGACGAAGAGCCACCUAAAACUGCAGAUGAUUACCAGUGUUCAGGAAAUCUGGAGCUGGACUUCACAGAGCUGUGCAAACUCAUGGGUGUGAAAGAGAUCCCUUCUGUGAAGAUAAAGCUGUCAACAUCUUCAAAUAGAGGAGUUAUGGAAGACAAUCAAUUUCAGACAUCCUUAGAAAGUCAGAUGACAACUUGGUCCUCUAAGCCUUGCCUCCAGAUAGAGCUGGAGAAUGAAGACCACAGCAGUGUAAAGGAAGUCAAAAUAUCCGGAUGGAAGGUGGAUGAGGUGGUGCUUCAGGUGUUGAGCAGAAUAUUGCCGUCCCUCAUUAACCUACAGUGCUUACACAUGUGGCGUGCGGGUCUGACAGAUUCCACUUUCACCUCCAUUAGAAACAUGGUGUCUUUGUGCUCAAAUCUCAGGAAGGUGGUUUUGGAGGGUAAUCCACUCCCUGAGCAGAGUUUCCACUUACUCUUAGGGGAAGACAGCCUGUUGACGGACUUAUCACUACGUAAUAAUCAUAUAGGAGAGGAAGGAGCUCGUCUGAUUGGCUCGGCUCUGUCCACUUUACACUCUACCAACAAAAACCUCCUGUCUCUCAACCUAGCCUUUAAUAGUAUUGGUGAUGCAGGUGCAGUUCACAUUGCUCAGGGUCUGCGUCUCAACCGUUCCUUGCUGUGUCUGUCAUUAUCCUACAAUCAAAUAGGGGAUAAUGGAGCAGCUCAUUUGGCUGAGGUGCUUGGCCCUUUUGCUCUGACACAUGAGGAGAUAGUUGAGAGGCGGAAACUGUUCAUUAAAGGUGAAGAAUCAACGAUGGUCCAGCCAUCUCUGGUUAGUCUUGCAGACUCACAUGAGCGGCCUGUUUCCGUCCGCAGCAGCUCUUCACUGGAUCGUCUCAACAAGACUACAAAGAACCCCGCAAAAAAGAAGGACACCCCUAAGAAAGAAGAGAAACCAGCGGCAGGUCAGGUAGCAAAGAAAGAGGAGCCAAAAGCGUCCAAGAAAGAUAAUAAAGUUCCCCGUAGCCAGGCUGGUAAAUCAGCAGGAAAAGACAAUAAUCUACUAGUAUCUGAACAAGAGAGAGUGGAGGUGGUUGAGACAGUGAUUCCUCUAUUAGAUCCUGGAAUUGUGCACACUGGAGGGAAAGUCAUUCAUCCGGGAAACACAUGCCUUACUUCUCUGAAUCUCUCAGGAAACAAAUUGACUGAGCAAUCACUCAAGGUGUUCCUCUCGUCUCUGGAAGGCCAGGGUGAAUGUGGGCUUCUGCAUCUUUCUCUCAACAGGAAUCAGUUUCCCUCAGAUUGUGGCACCUACCUGAAGAUACAGGAGAUUAUGUCUCUCAGGGACCCUCUAAAGAAAAAACGCUCUGGUCAGGUGGAGGAUGAACACGGUGAACCCAAGACCACCAAUGACGCCUAACAGUGUAAAUGACAAGAAGGGUUUAAAAUAUGAAAAAUAUGAAAGUUACUGCCUCAACUCAUCCAUAUGAAUAUUUCAUGCUUUCAUAGUUUGUUAAACUUUUUUUUGUAUCUUUGCUGUAUUGUAUUUUUACAUAUUCACUGACAUUAUACAUGGAGAAUUGUAGACAAAGGCUUGAAUAUUAGUUUUGAUUUGUUUAACAUUUUGGUCACUACAUGUUAUUUCACUGUUUUGAUCAUUUUUCUAGUAAACUUUUCCAUUGAAAUUUAAUUUAGUUGGUCUGGGCUUUUAGGGCAAAGGAUUGCUGAAACAGCCUGUAUUGUUUUAUAUAUACAUUUUCUCUGUAUUACUGCUACACUUCUGCUGAAAUAAUUAUGUUUUACCAAUUGGUAAUUUAAAUUGUAUUAGUUAAAAUCUUAAAAAUGAUAAUUGUACCAGCUACGUAUUUAUUAAAAUAAAGCAUCAAAUUCAA